GUUUUCACUGAAAGUUUUUGUUGGCCAUUAUGGGAGACACAUCGUGGAUUGUUAAAACUCCUGAACAGAUAGAAGAGCGAGAAAGAAAGCAGAAAGCGCACGAUAAGCUCGUUGAAUCAUGCGUAUUUUGUAAUAUCGCUUUCAGGAAUGAUUUAAGAGCCGACAUAUUAUACAAGGAUAGUAAAUAUGUUGUAUUCCGUGAUAUCAGACCAUCAGCCAAAGAACAUUAUCUCGUUGUGACAAAGAAGCACAUCAAAAACUUGAAGCAACUAUCCUAUGAUGAUAUACCAAUGAUUGAGAACAUGAUAGAUGUUGCUAAGGCAACCCUUGUGAAGAAUGAAGCAGACCCUGAUAAUGCAAGAAUCGGAUUUCACCUUCCGCCAUUGGUCAGUGUGGAUCAUCUACAUAUGCAUGUCAUAGCACCAGCCGAUAAAAUAGGAUUCUUUGGUCGUCUUAUGUUCAGACCAGAUUCUUAUUGGUUUUUAACAGUAGAAACAUUUCUGGAACAACUUCGUGCAAAAGAAAGUGAGUUUUGGGGCUCUGAAAAAAUGAUGUCAAAUUGGUAUGUCGAACCGUACAUGAGGUAACCGAUGACAACCGAUAUAAAUUGACUGAGGACAAGAAAAUCCAUGUAGAUAAGAAUGAACCAUCAUCAUCAAGUCAACCAAAAGAU